CCUCUCUUAUCAACACCAUCGCUUCUUCAAAUCUCCCUCUUUGUGUUUAUACAUUAUAAACAUAUACACAUCUACAUAUUUUGCUUAUAAGUCUAAACAUGACUGCUCAAGUCGUGCCGGAGAAAACACUUCAAGACAUUCGUCUUUCGAGAAUGGAUAGCUAUUCCCAGAGAUCUCACAAAAGGUUGGAAGGAAAGGUAGCAAUUGUGACGGGAGGUGCUAAAGGUAUCGGCGAGGCAACCGUGAGACUCUUCGCCAAACACGGUGCUAAAGUCAUCAUAGCCGAUGUCGAGGAUACUCUCGGAAACGCUCUCGCCGAUACGCUACCGCAUUCGGCUACUUACGUACAUUGUAACGUCAGCAUCGAAGAAGAUAUCGCGAACUUGAUUGACUCCACCAUCACCCGAUACGGGCGUCUCGAUAUCAUUUUCAACAACGCCGGAGUGCUUGGAAACCAAUCCAAGCACAAGAGCAUCGUUAAUUUCGAUAUAGAAGAAUUCGAUCACGUGAUGAACGUGAACGUGAGAGGCGUUGCCUUGGGGAUGAAGCAUGCGGCCCGCGUGAUGAUUCCCCGAGGCGGAGGCUGCAUUAUAUCGACAGCUAGCGUUGCGGGGGUGAUGGGAGGUCUCGGCCCUCACGCCUACACCGCUUCGAAACAUGCUAUUGUUGGAUUGACGAAGAAUACCGCGUGUGAAUUGGGGAGGUAUGGGAUUCGGGUGAAUUGUAUUUCUCCGUUUGGAGUGGCGACGUCGAUGCUCGUGGGUGCAUGGAGUCAUGACGAUGAGGAUGAGGAGAUGGGGAUGAAUUUCGGGACGGGGCCGAGUGAGAAACAAGUGGAGGAGAUGGAGGAGUUUGUGAAGGGGUUGGCUAAUUUGAAGGGUCCGACUUUGAGAGCGAGAGAUAUAGCGGAGGCAGCUCUUUAUCUUGCGAGUGAUGAAUCGAGGUUUGAAUCUGAAUCUCUCGUGAGACUGAGCUUGAUAUCAUUUUCAAUAAUUAAUUUUCUCAAGUACAAUGGUGUUGUGGUGUUAGAGAGGCCAUGUUGGGUAGACUCAUGGGAAGGUUGAAAACUAAGGCAUUAUUGUAUAUACGAAGGGGAGUACAGUACUUUUGGUUGGAAAGACAGUCGGGCAGUUUGAAAAAUGAAUAUCGGAGAAAGUGGAGUUUAUUCAUUUGAAAAUGGUGAACCAGUUGACCUUGGACUAGUAACAACUUGAGGAACGAAUCAGCUAGCUGUCAAGGACAAACAAAGUCAAACAGAGUUGGUCGUGAUGUUUUUUCUACUCCAACAUAGCCAACUGGCAAAGAUACUGGUUUCAAAGUUCACAUUAGAUUUACCAUAACCGAAUGGUUAUAAACUGCCUCUUUUUUUUUUUUUUUUUGCCCCCUUAUUGCGAAAUUAAAAAUUAUCUCCUUUUCUUCU